UUGGCCCCCGCGCGCCCGCCCUCCCAAACCCCCAAACCCAGUCCCGCCCACCACCACACGCGCCACCCCCGCCCUAUGCCGCCCCGGCGCCGCCGCGCGCCCCCCACGACGCCGCCGCGGCAGCGCCCAUGAGGGACAACGACAACGACUUCGGCCCCGCCGCAGCCCGCAAUAAGAAGCAGCAGCCCUCGCCGUCGCGCGACCGGGCGGCGCGGCCGCGCGCGGACGGCGGGAUGCGCAUCGUGGUGCCGCUGCAGGGGGUGGUGCAGGGCCGGGGCGGCCUGGUUCUCGGCUCCCUCAUCCCCUGCGCGCUCUUCUACUUCCUCCAGCUCUACAUCAAGCGCAACCGCCCCCCGGCGCCCGGGUCCCCGCCGGGCUCCGCCUCCGCCGCGGGGAACGCCAACUCCGCCUCCUCCCCGAUCCACCGCUCCCUCUCGCGGGGCCUCCUCACCCCGCGCGCAGCGCUCCCCGCGCUCUCCGCCCGCGGCGCAGUCGUGCGGGCCGGGGACGAGGACUCACUCUACUACGCGGGGCUCCGCCGAUGCGCCGACGACCCGUACCACCCGGCGUCCAACCCCGACGGCCUCAUCAACCUCGGCCUCGCCGAGAACCACCUGUCGCUGGAUUUGGUGGGCCGCUGGAUGGAGGAGCACGCGGGGGCGGCGAUGCUGGACGGGAUUGCGGGAGUCGGGGAGGACGCCAGGGACCUCACCAUCCGGGGGCUCGCCACCUACCAGCCGUACGACGGGAUACUUGACUUGAAGAUGGCUCUUGCUGGAUUCAUGAGGCAAAUCAUGCAUGAAUCAGUAUCCUUUGAUCCAUCUCAAAUGGUGAUUACAUCUGGUGCAACUCCUGCAAUGGAAAUACUGAGUUUCUGUAUUGCUGAUCCAGGGAAUGCAUUUCUUGUCCCAUCACCUUACUACCCUGGUUGGGAUAGGGACAUAAAAUGGCGAACUGGCGUGGAGUUGAUACCUGUUCCGUGCCGUAGCACUGAUAACUUUAACAUUAGUAUCACUGCUCUCGAAAUAGCUUACAAACAGGCAAAGAAGCGAGGAGUAAGGGUUCGUGGGGUUCUCAUAUCUAACCCUUCCAACCCAACAGGAGGCAUUGUGCCAAGGGAAACACUGCAUGAUCUUCUAGAAUUUGCCGCAGAGAAGAACAUACACUUCAUUUCUGAUGAAAUAUUUGCUGGUUCAACAUACGGAAGUGACAAAUUUGUCAGUGUGGCAGAAGUUGUGGAUGAGCUAGAAGACUUUGAUAAAGGCAGGGUUCACAUCAUAUAUGGACUCUCAAAAGACCUAUCUCUUGCUGGGUUUCGAGUUGGAGUGAUAUAUUCCUACAAUGAAAACAUUGUGGCAGCUGCUGCUAAAAUUGCUCGAUUCUCAUCAGUGUCAACUCCAACACAACGCUUGCUUGUUUCCAUGCUUUCAGACCAAAAGUUCAUUUCAGAAUACCUAACAGUUAACAGAGAGAGGCUCCGGAAAAUGUACCAUUUGUUUGUCGAUGCUUUGAAACAAGUGGGGAUUGAAUGCUUCAAGAGCAGCGGAGGGUUCUAUUGCUGGGCAGACAUGAGCAGGUACAUCCGGUCUUACAGCCAGAAAGGAGAACGCAAGCUCUGGGACAGGCUGUUGGAGGAGGCAAAGGUCAAUGUCACUCCAGGUUCAUCAUGCCAUUGCAUUGAGCCUGGAUGGUUCAGGUGUUGUUUCACAGCAUUGAGUGAGGAGGACAUUCCUGUCUUGGUGGAAAGGCUCAGGAGGGUUACUGAUAGCCACAGGUCAAACAGUUAAGACUAGGUUCUUUUUCUUUCCAAACCCCUGAGGUAUUGAAAUAAUCAUAUCUCGCAGGGUGCUCCACAGUGGAAUGCAGGGGUGCUCAGGAAAAAAUUGUGCAAUCCAUUUAUUUUGGGUCAUAGACAUUGAGCAUCUUCUUGCUACAGGAACCGGCAAUUGCUAGAAGCCCCUUGACUGGUGGAAGGAUGAGCAGUAUUCUGAAAACAUAUUCAUAUUGGUCAGCUGUCCGCUGUUUCGGAUGAGCCAUGAUGCUGCGGCACUCUGGAUGGUUACACCCUCUUGCUCUCAGUUGCUUCCUUUGUAGCACUGUAGGUGAUUCAGAUGACGAAUUGCUCAUCUGGUGAUAAUGUUGAGGCGCCGAGCUGAGCCAAUCCUUACAUCCGGAUCCUGUCUUCUUUUUUUCCUUUUUAUUUUUCUUUUGGUUCUUUGGUUACAUAAGUAGUUCAGGUUUGGGUUUUGUAAAGCAAUGGUUCCUGCAUGUGCCAGGGUUUUGAACGCUGUUUAUACAUUGCGACUGAAAGUGAUUUAUUUUUAUUUUUUUGGGUGUGUGUGUGUGUGGGGGGGGGGGGGGGGGGGGGU